GGUCAUCAUCACGCUCACUCACCAACCACUCCUUCAUCUCUUACAACUUGGGUGAGAAAAGAAACGAGAGAGUAUCCGUAGAUAUGGUUGGUGGUGUAGCCAGGUGGAGGCUAGUGCUGGUGCUGCUCCUGCUGACGCCCAUUGCUGCACCGAACAAAAUCUUAUUCAAGAUCAGUGAUGGAUUUGGGGACAACUACAUGAUCGCAGGCUACGCCAUGGAUGAUGCAACAGAUUACCAAACACUUAAUAUUACAAAAACUGGUAUGUGUCGCCGGGCGUGCCAAGCGAAGAUCGAUUGUCACUCAGUGUCGAUGGUGCCAACAACAGGGACUGAGAACGAGUGUCGGAUCUCAACCAAACCGGCAAACAUCGGGGACAAAACACAACGUCCCAGACUCAAGAGGACACCCGGAGCCUUCCACUUUCUCGCUGCAGUCAAAGGAACCAAUGAAUGGAUUACUCUUUUGGAUGAUGGCUUCAAGUGGCGUACGGAGAGCAACACUUAUAUUUGGAGUUUCCGACUAAAUGGCGCGAGACUUGCCAUCCUCUCAUCACUACAUCAGGUGAAGCUCGCUAUGAGAGACACGACAGUAAACAAGCCGUACUACGUGGAUCUGUCUCGCACUGGCACUGACCAACCCGUCUGGAACGCUGGUGGCGGGAAUGUUAAGUACAACGAUACAGACCUUGACCCAACACGUAUCCAGGACGACCCAAACCUCUCCAACUCCAAGUUCUAUUUCACUCAUGAUGGUUCCCAGUACACAUUUGUUGGGACUUCUGGCUCAACAAAAAGAGUUCACCUUCAGCAGUAUAACUACCUCAACCUCUGGGAGUGACGUGGCCAGCUGCAGCAGCUGUGGGGGGACUUAACAGUGGGACCUUCACUUACAGUAAUGUUGAUGUUCAUUGCUUGACUACGACGUGACUUGUCUCAGAGCUCCCUAAGACCACGCCGGAGUAGACGUUGUUGACCUGGCUCUCACCUCCCUGGCAGACAUUACUGACCUGGCCCUCACCUCCCUGUCAGACAUUACUGACCUGGCCCUCACCUCCCUGGCAGACAUUACUGACCUGGCCCUCACCUCCCUGGCAGAC